AAUAAAAAAAAGGUGGUACACAUGCCGGGAUCAGUUCCGGAGAGAACUCAAUAGUUCCCAAAAGAGCGGUGAUGGAGCCAAACGCAAGAAGCCAUAUAUGUUUACAAGGCAGCUCCAAUUUCUCAAGCAAAUAAUGGAGUUAAGACCAACGGUAGACAACUUAAGUGAAAAUUCAGGUUCGCAGACCCCAUCGGUAGAAGUAGCUGAGAGGCCACAAACUUCAACAAUGGUGGAGGACCAACCACUGGUGAUGGAACAACCAGAAGACACAGAAGAAGCCUCAUGUUCUCAGCUUCUGAGCACAGCAGAGCAAACGUCCGAAAAUGUUGAAGUUCCUGAAAUCCCUCCCAGCAACGAAGCUGCAGAGGAACCUGUUUGCCGUUCUUCUGGCAGACGAGCUAGAAGAGUCAAUACCGAUUCCGGUGUAGAUCUCCGCCAACAAGUAGAUAUGAUGGUGAUGGAGUAUCUAAACCGGAAUCGGUCUGACGGGAAGGAAGAAAUUACAUUAAAAGGGCUGGCUCCUUGCUUCCGCCGUGUGCUCGAAGAACGGCAAACACGUUGCGUUUCGGCUAUUGCAAUGCUAAUGGACCUUUUUUCAGGCCCCCAGGAGCCACAUCAUCUGAUGGACUAUAUAAUGAACGACCGAAAUGCCAUGCUUCAGGUCAAUCCUGAUUCAAGUCACCGUCCUGAUCCUCCUAUGGUCCAUCCUCCAGGCCCUUUCAUGAGGGAUUUAUAUGACCUUUAA